CGCCAACGCUGGCGGCUAUCUGCAAAUUUGAAGUUUUUUCCCACAAAAUUACGGAUGUGCGGCUUCGCGCUUCGCUAAUAGGAAAGUUCUAAUUGAAAUUUAUGAUUUGAUAUGAGAAGAAGAAUGCUUUAUUAGCAGUACAUUGGCUUGGCCGCUGGGUGCGAGCUGACUGUGUAGUCACAAUGUCACGGUAGAGGAGGUUCGUAACUUCUUUUCUAUAAGUCCAUAACUCAGAUUUUUUGUGUAUCUUUCGAGAUUAAGAUUCUUUAAAAAAUAGUUUUAUGUUAAAUGAAGUUCCAACCAACGCCUAAAGAAGAUAAAUCUCGAUCGCUAGAAGAAAGAAAUGUGUACUUCAAUACACCGAACCUCCUCCGUGUGAGUCUACCGAAGAAUUUUGCAGCACAACGAACAUCAAAAUAUAUCAUGAUGGUUAAUAUCCUCUCAAUAAUCAUCGUAAUUCUCUCACUUUUUCGUUCUCUUAUCUCGGCUGACUUCACAGGCUGGAUUUCCAAUUACAUAGAACUCAUCAAAAAGCGUGACGCAGCAGCUCAAAGCUACAAAUACCACGGCCUACUCAUCCUUUCCGCCUAUGAUCUCCAAUUACGUUUAAUAGAUCUCUUAGAGAAUCUCCUCGCACAUAUUCAUGACCAAGAUGCAAAAGAUAGUGUAUAUAUCUAUGCAGCCUUUCUCAUCGGACAAUAUUUCUUUCUCCUGCGCAGAUCGAUUUCAAAAAUAAUUGCAACUUCAUCGAUCUUCGGAUAAUGAUGAUUUCAGGAUGCUUUUAGAUGUAAUUGGAUAGGCUUUUGCUUUACAUAUGCUGAUGUGGAUCCAUUUAUGUGUGGCAUGAUCAGCAAAUCGCAAUUGCUGAAAUAAUGACAGUCAAAGAUGAGGAUGGUGAAUACUCUUGUUAAAGUUAUGCCUCAUUUCACAAAAAUUAUUGCAAUGACUUUCGAGUCAAGAAAUGGUUUCGACCUAUAGGAAGGGAAUAAGCUUGCUAUUGCGCGUGAGGGGAAUUCGGGAUGCAACUUUCAGAUUAAGGAAAUUUCAGCAUCGUUUGGUUGAUUUUAUCUUUGUGUUGAACUUG